GCGGCGCGCGGCCUGAAUCCUACCGAUAGCAGCGCUGACUUGAACCAUGGCUGACGGCAGCCGAACACCUCAGGCCCGGGCGCUCUUGCAGCAGUGCCUGCACGCCCGACUACAAGUUCGCCCAGCUGAGGGGGACGCCGCGGCCCAGUGGGUGGAGGUUCAGAGAGGAUUAGUGAUCUAUGUGUGCUUCUUCAAGGGAGCUGAUAAAGAACUUCUUCCCAAAAUGGUAAAUACACUGUUAAAUGUGAAAUUAAGUGAGACAGAAAAUGGCAAGCACGUUUCUGUACUGGAUCUACCUGGAGACAUUCUUAUCAUCCCUCAAGCCACCCUCGGUGGUAGGGUAAAAGGAAGAAACAUGCAGUAUCACUCCAACUGUGGAAAAGAAGAAGGGUUAGAACUUUAUUCCCUAUUUGUAUCUCUCUGUGAAAAAGAAUUAGCUGCUAACAGUAAGUGUGCUGAAGCUGGGGUUGUAGUGGAACAUGGCACUUAUGGGAACAGGCAGGUAUUAAAACUGGAUACCAAUGGACCAUACACGCACCUAAUUGAGUUUUGAGAAAUAAAAGUUAGUUCCUACAGCUAUUUUGUGGUAUAAAAUGACCUGGACUAUAUAAUUGGAUUUUCUUCCCUUUUGUCUUGAAUACACUAAUGUACAGCAUUUUUAAAUAAGAAAAUCCUGAGUCUGUUGCUAAUCAGAUGACCUUGUCGAGUCACCUAAACUCUAGAGUUCAGUUGCUCUAUCCUGCUUUCUAUCCCCCUUCCCCUCAAAUAUUUGAAAAGUGCUUGUUUAUUCACUUGAUGAUCAUUAAAGAAGUCUUUUAAAACAUACUUUAAAGAUUUCAAGCAUUUAUUUUGUAAUGAAGAAAUGUGUACAAUUAGGAAAAACACAUUUCUUAUACCAUCAAAUUUAUGUACUAUGUACUAAAAGUCACUGUAUGAAAGUUAGGGAAAUCUAACACAAACCAAUUAGAACUUUGUCAGUUGUGUCUCACUCUUUCAGUUUUCCAUUCUUUUUUUGUUUUUGGUUUUGUUUUUUUUUUGUGUGUGUGGUGCUAGGGAUCAAAGCCAGGGCCUUGCAAAUGCAGAGCACAUGCUGUGCCACUGAGCUAUCCCAGCUCAGUUUUCUAUAUUUUGAAUGAAAUAAUAUGUAACUUACUAUUCCUUUUAAUGAUGUCUAUGAAAAUAUAAUAUAGAAAUAUUACCAUACAUUAUAUUACUUUCAAAGGACAUCUAAAUGCUUUAGAUUAUUUUAAUAAUCUUUAGUAACCCAAAUAUGUACAAUUAUUAUGUGUCAAUACAGAUUUUUUCAAAGUAAAAAAAUCCUUAAUUGAUAUAGGAAUCAGGUAUAAGACAUUCGUAGUUGUUUUAUUAAACAUUUCUCACAAAGAGAAAUUAAUGUUCUGUUUCUCAGUGUUUACCAAAACCAUGUAUGUCUCAGUUUCUUAUCUUUGGUUUUUAAAAAAAUAUACAAAAUAACUGAGUUCAUAAUUUUUUUUAGGGAUUUCCUUUCUUGUUGAAUUAGAUUGCUAUACAAGGAAGAAAAAGGGAAGCUUCCUUAGGAAGUUGUUUUUAAUUGGCUUGUAUUGAUAGAUUGUUUUUAAUCAAUUUUGUAUUGAAUGAUUUGGAACCAUUCUCAAUUUUUCUGUUAGGGAAUGCUAAUGUACUAAAUAUUUGUACCCUCCUGCAAAAUUCAUAUGUUGAAGCCCUGAUCCCCAUUGUGAUAAUAUUUGGAGAUGAGGCCUUUGGAAGGUAACUAUAGUUAAGAGAACUUGAAGGUGGGACCAUCAUGACAGGAUUAGUGCCUUUAAAGAGACACCAGAGAACGACCUCUCUGUCCUCUCACCAUGUGAAAAUGUAGUUAAAAGGUGGUCAUCUGAGAGCUGGGAAAAGAGCCCUCAUCAGAACUGAUCAUGCUGAUACCUUGAUCUUGAACUUUUAGCUUCUAGAGCUGUGAGAAAAUAAAUUUUUAUUGUUUGUUUAAGUCACUCAGCCUAUAUUUUGUUGUGGCACCUUGAGCUAUGACAAUGAUGUAAGGUAACAACUAACAGUAAACUUCUAAAGACGAAAAAGGAAAAUACAUGAGAAAGUCAAAGAUGAAAUAAGUCUGUAAAAGGUAAUAUAUGGUUUUUGCAUACUUCUGUGACAGGAUUUAAUAGGUGUUUUUUAACAGUGAAAACUAAAUAUUUCUAAUUACCAAAAAGAUGAGGAUAUUAACUUAAACAUCCUAAGUAGUUGCUAAAAAUUCCUUUAUGUAAUAAUUUCUCUAGAUUUUUGUUCCAAGUAUACUUAAAAUUCUUAUUAUCACACAAAAUCCCAUUUUCUCUCUACCCUUCCUGUACUAUUCUAUUUUGGAACUUGAGAAUCAAUAACUGGCUUGAUAAUGAGCUCAUUGUCCUUAACUUUUACUUUAUUGAUUCACAAUACACUUAUUGAAAUGUAAUAAACUAUUCAUAAACUUGCAAGCUCCAAUUUUCUCAAAGCUUCUCUAAGGAAUGUAUAUGUCUUGCCAAAAGAUUAUAUUACCUAUUUUAAAUCAUUUUGAUUGUAUGUCUAGGUAAAAUGCUGACUCACAGCCCUAGAUUGCUAUUUUAUAGUUCAAGCAAUUCUCCUUAAAAAACUUGCUUGAGAUACUUGUGGAAAUAGCAAUUUCAAGUACAUGAAGGGUUAUUAAACACAAGGUUAUGUCCAGCUUUCCUUCAUUUGCAGGUAGGCUACAAUAAGAGAGAAAAGGCAAAAGAAAUAUGCAUAUGAAUAUAACUUCACCUUGACUUUCUGUAGCUCUUCUGACUCAAGGUGCUCAAAAAAACCUUCAAUAUGUAUCUUAUUUUAUCUUCACAAUAUAUCUAUAAUGAGGAUAGCACUCCUCAUUAAAUAAUGUCCCCAAGGUCACACAACACAUAGGAAUAAUUUCUAUUUUCUAACUUUUCUUGUAAUGAAACUUGCUAAAAUUGAAAUUGACCUUUGGAAAGGCUUAGCAUCUCAUGGUGGAUCAUUUAAGGAGUAGCCUAUAAAUUGGUUUAUUUACUAAAUUAAGUGCAAUAGGGUUGCAUCUAAUUUAGGAGCCUUCUGCCUCUUUUUUGGUAAGAAUUUAGAAACCUCCUGGGUUUAAUUAUGGAAUUAUUACAUAUAAGACAAUGGCUAUGGCUUUAAUAUUUGAAUAUACUCAAAUUAAAACGAAAUACACUUUUAGCAUUCCUUCAUUAGUUCAAGUUAUAACAAAAGGUGUGCCAUUUAUAAUAAUAUCUAUACUAAUGACUUACUUGUCAGUUAGUAAUUUGUUGAUUCUGUAGUGAAAGAAUUAAAUUUAUCAAAUAUUUAGAUCAAAUAUCAUACAAUUCUAUGCCACUUGUCUUUGAGAAUAAGAAAUGUUGGUGUUAUAAGAGAACAGUGUCAGGGCUGGAGUUGUAGCUCAGUAGUGCAGCAUUUGCCUGGCAUGUAUGAGUUCAAUACUGGGUUCAAUACUCAGCACCACAUAUAAAUAUAUAAAUAAUAAAUAAAAGAUCCAUUGACAACUAAAAAAUUUUUUUAUAAAAAGAACAGCAUCAUGUCAGAUAUUUACUCCCUGUGAUUAACAUUGCAGAGGACCUGCUAUAACUAAGUUUAUAUAACAAAAAAAUUACACAUGAUCAUGAAACUUAUACAUGAUCAUGUAUUGUCUAUUGAUUCAUUGAAAUACAACAAGUUUCUGAAAGGGAAAACCUACUAGAAAAGUAACAUUUUCAUUCUGAAACCACACCUUGGUGAUGAACUAAAAUGUCUUUUUUUGUACCAGCGAUUAAACCCAGGGGUGCUUAACCACUAAGCCACAUCCCCCACCAUUUUUUUAUAUUUUGUUUAGAGACAGGGUCUUACUGAGUUACUUAGGGCCUUGCUAAGUUGCUGAGGCUGGCUUUGAAAUCAAUCCUCCUGCCUCAACCUCCCAAACUACUGGGAUUACAGGGGUGUGCCACUGUGCCUGUCUUAAAGUAUCUAUGUUGAUAGUCUCCCUGUUUGUUCUCCCUUCCUCCUAUUUCUCCUAUCUCUAAUCCUUUUCUACAGACUGUCUCCAAGGCAGUGUUCUUAAAACAUGUAUAUAAUAUUCUACUGCUUAGAAACUUUUAUAACUCUUCUUUAUCUUGAGGACAGAGUUUAAACUUCUGAGGUUGGCAUCAAGGCUCCCAGUCGAGUCACUCAGACAUAACUAUAGAAGACGAAAGUCAGAAUCUUGAGAAAUAACUAUAAAGAAAGGGCAAAGUAUGAGAGGCCAGUGGAGAUUCUAGAGAUAUCAGAGAGGCAGAGAAAGAGCAAGAAAAAUACAUUGUUAAGUAAAGAUACUUUCAAGGUGUAAACAGUAACAAAGUUGAUGCUAAAUACUAAAGAAAAAUUGGGUAACACAAGGACUAAGGAGAGACCUCUGGCCCUGGCAGUUAGGUGUUUUCAGAGUUUCAGGGAAAUUGGGAUAUUUUCAGUGGUUAACAGUAGAGAUCCCUAAUCUUUUCUUCUAGGAUAAAUUGUCUCAAAGUUUGUCAGUGGACCCCCUGCACCAGUAUCACCUGGGGAGCCUGUAAAAUGAAGCUUUCAGGGACUGUCCUAAACUCUAGCAUAUGGUGGCACAUGCCUCUGAUCCCAGUGUUUUAGUCAACUUUUUCAUUGCUGUGACCAAAAGUCCUGGCAAGAACAAUUUUAGUGUAGGAAGAGUUUAUUUUGGGACUCAAGAUUUCAGCCAUUUCAGUCCUUAGAUGGCCAGCUCCAUUCUUUAGGGCUCAACGUAAGGCAGAACAUUGUGGCAGAAGGGUAUGACAAAGGGAAGCAGCUCAUAUGAUAAUCAGAAAGAAAAGACUAAGCUCUUCUCACCAAAUAUAUAUCUCGAAGGCACACCCCUAAUGACCCACCUCUUCCAACACACCCUACCCAACUUAAGUUAGCAUUCAGUUAAUCCCUAUCAGAGGAUUAAUUCAUUGAUUGGGUUAAGGCUUUCAUAACCCAAUCAUUUCACCUCUGAAUGUUCUUGCAUUGUUUCACACAUGAGCCUUUGGGGAACACCUCACAU